UAAGACAUCCUUUGUAAAGGGCGUUCCUGCUACUGCGUUAAGUAUUUACUCCACCCGCAAAGCAAUCGUAAAUAAUAAAAGAAAGUUUGUCCAACCCCUCAGAGAGUUUCGAUGUAUUAAAACAUAAAUAAGGCAUCAAGUUACCAACAUAGAAUCGAGCAAAUCAGUAAGGAGUAAUUAAGUAAAUAACGUUAGCAAACAUCUCGGACCCAGGCAGGACGGAAAUUAAUGAAAUUAAAUUCAGCGGCAUUAGUUUGACGUCAUAGCCGUGCCUUGCGCCAUCUAGUAGUCAUGUUACAAACUUAAACAACGCGUUGACAGCUCUUGCGUUAAGUUUUCCGGACAUGGCAACCUUUGGCUUUAGGAUUAUUUUUCGUUUUCUUUUUUAUAGACGAUUCUUAUCUUAAUUUAUACACAGAUGAUGAAAAUAAAUAUAAAUUUCAUGAUCGUAAACUUAUUUCGCUUACAUUUUAUUGUUUCGAGAUGUUAUGCCUGUUUUUCAAGCCUUUCAGGCUUUCAGCCGUCCUGGCGAAUAUUUUGUAAUGGCAACACUGACAUCCAGUCCAUCAAGGAAGUGCAAGGAGGCUACUCGCCAAAAAUAAUACAUUUUCGUUAUUUUUAUUUUAUACAAAUCUAAUUAUUUGUUAUAAAUGUAGUCGCAAACGUUACUUAGCUAGUCAACUAAGUGUCGCACAAUGUUAAAAAUUGAAAGUGAAAUUGUGUUUGACAGAAGAAAACUAGGCAGGUGUGACAGCAAGAAUACCGCAUAGAGGAUAUCAAGGGGAAAAAAUAUAGAAUCUGACCCAAUUUGGUUUUUUAAUGCUGAAUAUGGGUAAAAGUGAGCUGAGCUUGGAUUCGGCGAGUGUUUCGGUCAGGAGCGCCUUGGCAAAUCGUCGUCAUAACAUUUGACCCAGUUAGUGGCUGUGCGUUGACCUAUGCCAUGGAACUGUAUGCGGACUGUGGCACGAUGUUAUUUUUAGGAUACAGCUUUGCAGAUAAUUAAAUAUUUAUAGAUGCUGUACGCGAUACUAGAUCGGAAAACAGAUAACAAACGAAAGUUUCCUUGACCUUUUCCUCUGCAGAAUGGUGAAGAAUGUACAUAUAAUGGGAUAGCUAUAAGAAACUCCUGGCAAAUAAUACCAUAAUAAUGCACAUAGAAAGAAGAUGACUUCCUCUCAAGGGAUCAAUUUACUCAUAGCACUAUUUACAUACACACACCGCGCAAUUCUUUGACUGUAAAAUGAAGAUACAAUUCUAAAUUCGAAGAGUCAUAUCAAAUCCAAAAGUUAUAACUGUACUUACAAUGGUUACUUAGGUUACUUACAGUGGUUACUGGUGUAGGGUUUUUAGCUCGCGUGGGCUGGUAUAGGGCCAAGUGCCCCCACGUGGUCACGCAGGAGUUAUGAAGAAGCAAAAUGUUCGAACACUAUCGUUGAUUGUGUGUACAUUCACAUAUUUGUUGGUUGGUGCGGCGGUUUUUGACGCUCUCGAGUCUACUACGGAGAGGAACAGAUUUGAAGUUUUACAAGCAAUCGAAGGCAUGAUAAUCCGGAAGUACAACAUAACGGAAGAGGACUUCCGCGUGAUGGAAACGGUGGUGCUGAAGUCGGAGCCUCACAAGGCCGGCCAGCAGUGGAAGUUCACCGGCGCAUUCUAUUACGCCACCACCGUGCUUACUACCAUUGGCUACGGGCACUCGACGCCCGCGACGGUCGGCGGCAAGUUGUUCACGAUGUUCUACGCGAUCGUCGGCAUUCCCCUCGGCCUCAUCAUGUUCCAGAGCAUCGGUGAACGGGUCAACAGGCUUAGCAGCGUCAUAAUAAAGUCCCUGAAACACGCGCUGAACUGCAAAGCCACCAGCGCGUCUGAGGUGGACCUCAUAUGUGUGGUGACGACUUUAUCAUCGCUCACAAUCGCUGGUGGAGCCGCGGCGUUCUCCAAGUUUGAGGGUUGGAGCUACUUCGACAGCGUUUACUAUUGCUUCAUCACGCUUACCACUAUCGGUUUCGGUGACAUGGUAGCCCUGCAAAAGGACAACGCGCUCAACCGCAAGCCCUCGUACGUGAUGUUCGCGCUCAUCUUCAUCCUGUUCGGGCUGGCCAUAGUGGCCGCCUGUCUCAACUUGUUGGUGCUCCGGUUCGUGACCAUGAACACGGAGGAUGAAAAACGAGACCAGGCGCAGGCGGAACAGGCGCAGCAAGUGGCAGUGCGACUGGAAGGCGACGUGAUCACGGCCGACGGGGCGGUCCUGCGCGGAGUCGCGCGCGGCACGCGGCUGCCGGCCUCCGGUCAAGGCGACACGUCCAUGAUGCCGCUGUACGUCGACGACGAGUACCCGCCGAGCGUCUGCAGCUGCUCAUGCAACUGCUUUGGACCUAACAAAUCGAUGCUCUACCGGGACCCCUUGUCCCCGGUGCCGCCGACCAACAUGAAGCAAAUCAAAACCAAGAGCUACCGCGAGCUCGGCAACCUGCCGCGCUACAUCGAGAAGGCCUCCUCCAAGAACCGCAGCCAGUCGUUGCGGCUCAACUCCGCCUCCGGCUAUCUAUACAUGAACGCCAAGACCAACAGCUUCCAACUUGAGCCGGACGACUUCAGGGAAAUAGUUGCCAAGCGCAGAGAACAGCUCCGGAAAGGCAUGAUGAUGUACGAAAUGAGCUGCAACAACAAUGAACAGUAUCUCCAUCCGUACAGACAUAGCACUAGCACCAGAGUCGAGACCAGCCCGCACAGCUCCUCGCUGUACUCCAUGAACAUGAGAUCCGACAACCGGAGCAACGAUCCGCUCGUCGAUGACUAUGAUUCAGAAAAAUCUAGCUAUGCCCGGAAGAAAUUACUUAAAAACAUAGCGAGAAACACUUGCAAACAGGAAAAUUACUUCUACGAUGAUGCUGUGUUACAUUUCGAUGAUGAGUACGCUUUCGAUGGCUCGAUACUGUUCGCUAAGCGGAGAAAAUCAGUAGAUAGAAACUGGGAUUUUGCCAUGCCGAAGCAAGAUCCGGACCAAAUAUCCAACGAAAGCUUCGGGUACUAUCUACCCGACGAUGACGAAUUAGAGCAGUACUACGCCAAUGAUACUCUAACGUUCAACCUGCCACCCCAUCGUGCGAGCAUUUAGUGACGUGCAAAACAGUUGUGCCAAAGAUAGGUUAGUGUUAGUUCCAAACUAAAAAUGGGCCAAUUAAUACUACGGUUAAAGUAGACUUUUACAAUUUUGCGGUAGAAUUUGAACGUUAUAGCUUUUACACAUAGUGUGUAGUCGCGUUUUUUAUUAAUGUUCCAUGGAUUGAGCUUGGCUUCCUGUAGAUAUUGUACAGUGUUUCAGCGGCUUCUUAGUGUGCGUGGGGGACGAGCGCCGGCCUCUCAGUCUGGCAAGUACUGUUUUUUUUUAUUAAGCAAUGACUGAAUGUAUGACUUCCUUGUUUGAAUGUUAAAAAUAAGGAAGUUCCCUCUUAAAUGCGUAAUCUCUUUGCCAAAACAUACAAUCAUUAUACAACAUUAACUGGUUGUCUUCCAUAAAAGCCAAAGUAAUCAAAACAUCUUUAUCUUUUAAGUAAUUAUGAAGUAUGAUUUGUUUAACAGAAAUACUAAGCUUUAGUAACUAUUUGUUGUUAUGAAUCUGAUCAAAUAUGAUUGAAAAUUACAUUUUAUUAUUCUCUACUAGAGGGAAUCAGUGGAAAUAUUUCAGGCCAGUAUAACCAAGUGCCAAAUUUACUUGUUAUUUAUGAAAACUUAACAUAGAAUUAUUACAAAACAAUAUAACAAAUUUAUUAAUGGCCUAGCCAUUUAAAUAAAUCA